GCACUGACAAAACAACAAUGUGGAAGACAGCUUUACCUUUUCUUGCAGCUGCUUGUGCUGUUGGGUUACGUGUUAUGCCAGGUGGAAUUAUGGAUAAAGAUGUCAAUAAUGAAGGUGUCCAAAGUGCUCUGAACUUCUCUGUGUCCCAACACAACAAUGGUCACAACGACACGUACCUACACAAAGUGAUCGAGGUGAUCAAGGCUCAGGCUCAGGUGGUUGCAGGCAUGAAGUACUUCAUAAAUGUGAAUCUGGCAAAGACCACCUGCAUGAAGGACAGCGAGAAUGAACUGUGUGACAUUCAAACAGACCCACAGCUGGCUCAGACCUUCCAGUGCAACUUUACUGUGUGGAGUCGCCCAUGGCUGAAUGACAUCAGGCUGCUAAAACACACAUGUGUGGAAAAUAACCUGAACUUGACUUUAACAGAAAGCUCUUAACUCUUAAUUUUCCUUUGAAUGAACAAAAAAAAAAAAACAUUGAUUCUAAAUAUGUUGUAUUCUGACAAACAUCAAACUUUAGAAUAUCUAAUGUAUAAUUUCAUUAUUUUAUGCUUCAGCAGAAAAAUC